AUGAACGCUCUGGAUGAGAAGUAUCACUUCCUGGCCGCGGACCACCAGAUCGUGUCCAGUGCCGACGAGAAAGACCGGGUCAUUGUGUUUGAGAGAGGGGAUCUUCUCUUCGUUUUCAACUUCCAUCCCACUAACACCUACGAGGGCUACAAGGUGGGGUGCAAGGAGCCUGGCAAGUGGCGGGUGGUGCUGGACAGUGAUGCUAUUGAAUUCGGGGGCCAGGGACGGGUAGGCCAUGACGUGGACCACUUCACAUCGCCCGAGGGCAUUCCGGGCCGCCCGGAAACAAACUUCAACAACCGCUGCUGCUCUCUCCUCGUUCUCUCGCCAUCUAGAACAUGCCAGGUGUAUGCACGAGUAAAGGAGGAUGAACCUCCUGCCACUUUACCUCCUGCAAAGAGUGCCCUGAAAAUCGGUGCUGCACUAACCACGUGUGCAUCAACCACAGGAGACAUGGUGUUGGCAACAGAGAGGCUCAAGCUGGAGCUGGUUACCACCGUGCGCCGCCAGCAGCUGGUUGCAGCCUUCCUCAGAAGCUACCAACUCUCGCCACAGGAGGUGAGAGAGUUGUGCCUGCCAUCAGAGCUGGUUGCCACCAGAGCUGGUUACUAUCAGAGCUGGUUACCACCAGAGCUGGUUACUAUCAGAGCUGGUUACCACUGGAGCUGGUUACUAGCAGAGCUGGUUACCACCACUGUGCGUUGCAAGCAGCUGUUGCCCCAGUCUAACCAAACUCUAUCAGACCUGGUUACUAUCCGAGCUGACUACCUGAGCGUGUUCCCUGUUUAUAUCUCUCUUGCUCUCGUCCCUACCUACCCCUCAUGUUUUCAGGUGCAAGCACUGCGAGAGGACGAGAUUAGUGAGAAGUUCUUUGAGGCGCUGAACCGAGUGCAUGAGAUGUAUGGCUGUCAUAUCCGUCCCUGUCUUGCUGCCUUGUGUUCCUGUUUCCGUCUCUCUUGCUCCCAUCCUUGCCCCACAUCCCCUCAGGUGCAAGCACUGCGAGAGGACGAGAUUAGUGAGAAGUUCUUUGAGGCGCUGAACCGAGCGGAGUGUCGCAGUCUGGGUGACAGCGACGGGGACACACCGGAAGUGGGCCCUCUGUUGCGCACAGCGGCGCAUUGCCUCAAGGACCGUCCCGUGCUCUUCCGCUACUGCACAGAGGAGGUGAGGUGGUGGGUGCGCCGAGGAGGUGAGCUGAUGUGGCGGCUUUAUACCCAAACCCUCUUUGCUGUGCACACACAGCGGUGCAUUGCCUCAAGGACUACCCUGUGCUCUUCCGCUACUGCACAGAGGAGCACAUUGCCUCAAGGACCGCCCCGUGCUCUUCCGCUACUGCACAGAGGAGGUGAGGUGAGACGCUGGGGACUUGUUGCACAGAGGAGCCCCCCCUCCUCCCCGGCCAAAACCUGCCUCCCUCUCUGUUCCCCUGUGUUCCAGGUGGCCAACACGCGCCACAACGCACUCUUCCGCCGAUUCAUCGCUGCUCUCACGCGUGGCGGGCCGGGCGGCAUGCCUCGUCCCAUUGAGGUGCAUGCACACGACCCGCUGCGAUACGUUGGCGACAUGCUCGCGUGGCUGCACCAGGCACUAGCCUCAGAGAAAGAACUCGCCGCUGCUCUUUUCGCCAGCACAGAUAAACCCUCUUCCACGUCAGCAGAAUCUGCACCAUCAGGGGGAGCCGGGUCAGGAGAAGGAGGAGCAAGUGCAGGAGGAGUAGAUGCUGACGUGGCAGCAGUGCUGGACCGCGUGUUUGAGGGCGUGUGCCGGCCGUUCAAAGUGCGUGUGGAGCAGGUGCUGACGGGGCAGCCAGGGCUCGUGCUGUGCUACAAGCUCUCCAGCCUCCUCUCCUUCUACUGUCACACCCGAGGCAGCAGGGAGGGCAUUCCUCGACGCCGUCAAGCUCAGGGGAGACCGCGUGCUGCGCUUCCCCCGUGCUGUGUGUUUCACGUAUCUCCCACCCGAAUCCCGCUCUCUUUCUCUCAACUUUUGCUCGUGCAGGUGGCUGAGCUCCUAGGAGAGCAAGCAGCCCUAUGUGUGGUUCUGAGGGACCUCAGCGAGGCAGCAGGGAGGGCAUUCCUCGACGCCGUCAAGCUCAGGGGCGACCGCGUGCUGCGCUUUCCCCCGGCAGUGCCCUCAGACCUCUCCCCCCCGCCUCUGGUGGGAGAGGGCGUGGCGGUGGUGUUGGAGCUGCUGCAGGCGCAUGCCAGCAUGAUGGUGCCGGCUGGGGCUGCCAAACCCGACUUCCUACCUGUUGCCGCUGCUCUCCUAGACCCCCUUGUGGAGGUGAGUGAGUGGUAUUACCAACUAGCUGCUGCAGGCACAUGCCAGCAUGAUGGUGCUGGCCGGCUGGGGCUGCAAACGCGGAUUUUCUUCCCUCCCGUCGCUGCUGCACUCCUAGCCCACCUUGUGGAGGUGAGUUCCUCCCAAUCUCUCUCUCUCUCCCUCUGCCCCUGCACUCACACGCGCCCUAACAGCAAAGUCCCUGACUGCUCUGCUCUCUCCACUGGCUCCUCCUCCCUUUUCCACUGGCUGCCACCACCCCUCCCCCUCUCCCCCCUUCCUCUCCUGCUCCCCCCACCUGCAGGUGUGCACGCGGGCAGCACAAGCUUUGACAGCAAAGGCUCAGCGGGGGAGAGCGGUCCGUUGGGGAGAAGGGGUUCGUUGCCGUUGGGCAGGCGGGCUACUGAAGGGGAGUCCGAUGGGGCUGAGAACACG